AUUGAAUUAAAUUAUUAUAAUUAAAAUGUCAGACAAUGAUGCAUCACAACCGCUAAAGCAAUUGUUCAAUUAUAUUGACUCACAUUCGGAUGAUUUUGUGGCCAAUUUGGCCGAAUUGGUGGCCAUUAAGAGUGUUUCGGGCGAACCCGAGGCCAGGGAUGAGACCAUACGGGCUGUUCAUUGGAUGCAAAAACAAUUGGACGCCGAGGGCUGCACAACACGGCUGGUAGACCCAGGACUGCAAACCCUACCGGACGGCACUCGUAUACCACUACCACCGGUACUAUUGGGCCAAUUGGGUCGCACAGACCCACAUAAGAAGACAGUAUGCGUUUACGGACACCUGGAUGUACAACCGGCCCAUAUGUCUGACGGCUGGCACACCGACCCCUUCACUCUGACCGAAAAGGAGGGCAAACUGUAUGGCAGGGGCGCCACCGAUGACAAGGGCCCAGUGCUCGGCUGGCUGCACGCCAUACAGGCUUACAAUAAUACCGGCGUUGAAUUGCCCGUCAAUUUUAAGUUUAUAUUUGAGGGGAUGGAAGAGUCAGACAGCGUAGGUCUGGACGAUGUGGUGAUAGCGGAGGCCAAGGGUGCCGAUGGUCUACUCGCGGACGUGGACUACAUUUGUAUUAGUGAUAGCAAUUGGUUGGGCGCCACAAAACCCACGCUAACGUACGGACUCCGAGGCGUCGCAUACUUUUACGUUGACAUCGAGGGCGCGGCCAAAGACCUGCACUCCGGUGCCUAUGGGGGUGGCGUUCACGAGGCUAUGACCGAUUUGGUGGCCCUUAUGAACCGUCUGGUGGACACCAGGGGUCGCAUACUUGUGCCCGGAGUUAUGGACGACGUGUUGCCCCUAACUCCUGAUGAGGAGGCACUUUAUCGCACCAUUGAUUUCAAUAGCGAUGAGUUCCGAGACAUCGAAGUGGGCGCCCGACGGCUCAUACAUGAUGAUAAAGUCGAUACAUUGACCCAUAUAUGGCGAUACCCCUGUCUAUCCUUACAUGGCAUCGAAGGCGCGCACUCGACCCCCGGCGCUAAAACUGUAAUACCGGGUCGAGUGGUCGGCAAGUUUUCCCUGCGUCUGGUCCCCAAUCAGGACCCGAAUACCAUUGAGAGACUAGUGACUGAUUAUUUGAACCAAGAGUUUAAUAAGUUGGACAGUCCUAAUAAGUUGAAAAUCACCAUGGUCACCGGCGCUAAACCCUGGUUAGCUGAUCCAAAUGAUCACAAUUUUAGCGCCGGUCGAGUGGCAAUAAAAACAGUGUUUGGCGUGGAUCCGGAUCUGGCCAGAGAUGGCGGUUCAAUACCCAUUACAUUGACGUUUCAAUCUGCAACCGGGAAAAGUGUGCUGUUACUGAACAUGGGUGCCAGCGAUGACGGCCCCCACUCCCAAAACGAGAAGAUCAAUAAAUGGAAUUAUAUUGAAGGCACCAAGGUGUUUGCCGCCUAUCUAUAUGAACUAUCACGAGUGGGCGAGAAUUAAAAUUAUAAUAAUUAUCAGUUUACUGUUUGAAAAUUGCUGAAAUGAA